GUCAAACAAAAUGUCGUAAACAUUAAACGUCUCUAAAUGAUUGUGUUUGGGUGGACAGAACCCUGUUAAUGGAUAAUGGCUCUUCUCAUGUCUGUUGCAUAACGGUAUGUGCUGUUCUUCCAGGUGGACACAUGGGCUAAGCCUUUGUGAGGCUUUCUCUGUGCAGGAUUUCUAUUAUUGAUUGCAUUAUCACCAUGUUCUCUGCUGCAACACAGUAACACUAAAGUCCCAUUAACAGAGGUAAGAAAACCGGGCUUGAUACAAAGAGGCCUCAGACAGAGGCAGAGGCCGUUGCCUCUCAUAUUUCUCUUCCUGUGUUUGUCUCUACGUCCUAUGUACACACUGUGCUGUUUGACAGUGGCAGCACAUUUUUGGAUAAGUUUAAUUAUAGCAGCUGGCAAGUCGGAUCUAUUAAAAGAAAAAAUGUUUAAAGUGAUAGAAAAAAAAAGAAUUAUAAUGGCAGUGAAAGAGAGAAAAAAAGGAUAAGAGUAACUAAACUCUGUAACUGAGUCAUUGUUUAAUGAGUACUGUGCAAAAUUCUCCAUCCAUCUAUUAAUUUUUAAACCUUUGCUUUCCAAGUUCAAAGUAUUUCUUGUAACCCUUCAAAAUGUUAUCUAGUAGUGAAUGUUACACUAGAGGCUCUUUUUAAAUUGUACAAUGGGACAUUUUACUUUUGCAGAUUCUUGCAGCUGAUUUCUUUGAAAUCUGACCAUUUUGAGAUCUUUUAAUUUUAAGAUGAUGUGGUGACCUAUGAAUCAUUCAGGCAUAAGAUUAGUAUUGUUUUAUAAUAGAAAAUGUAAGAAAGAACAAUUUUACUUUACACAUAUAAUAUUAGGUAUAUUAGUUUGUCUCACCUGCAAUGGUGUAUUAGCAAGUGCUAAUGAUAUGAUUUGAUGUGCUGGAAAGUAUAAGGCUAGACAGCAUGGUUACAAAAUACCCUCCAAAGGCCUAAGAAGAACUGUGGUAGUUUUGGGUACUUGAGGUGAUUUUGUAAUACACAUCUAUUUUGUUUAGUCAAAAUCUGACUCAACAUUACUUAGAAAAUGUGCCAGAUAGAAAUAUUAACAAAACAAAUAUUUGUAUCCAAUGCAUAAUUUCUUGUGAUGCGCUGCUGUCCUUCAGUUCAUCACUAUUGUGACCCACAAAAUGGUGCCCAUAGCUUUGUGAUUCUCAGACUAGUGCCAGUAGGGGUCGUCAAAUCGACACAAACCAACUGCAAGUGUUGGGAAAGACACACUACCACCUUUAAGGGGCAUGCUGCACUAAUCAUGUACCCUCUACACAUGAACACUUACACCUGAUGGUGUGUGUUCAGUACUCUGCAGCAUUUUAUCCCCCACAUACAUUCACAGAGCGAUCGUUUCUAUACCUCCUGGUCCCAGUCAUCCUAUCCCACUGCUUUAAUUAUGCACACUCAAAAGGCCCCCCUGUCUGAGGUUUGGAUCCAGUUGAUGCUGCUCACUGGCUUUAUUGGUUAUUGGCUUCUACAAGGCAACGAGCGAGACAUGUGUGUUUUCUUCUCUUGUGUUUUUAGUUGAAUUUUUCUUUUGUUAGUUUAAGUUUUGUGUGCUGUUGGCAUCCUCAUUACGCUGCAGGGGAGCAAAUUGUAAGUGUGAGUAGAGUUUUGCUUAUAAUUAUCAGUGGAAUGUUUAUAACAUUGUUUAUCUUUUUGAAUUUUGGAUCAAUUAAAGGUGAGACAUUUCUAAAAAUAGUUACCUAAGUUGCCAUUUAAAGAGAUUUCUUUAAGAUAAAUAUACUCAAUGUAAAGUAGUUUUUCUAAUUAUUCUGCUUUAUUAAUCUAUGUAAAACAGAAAACCUGCACUAAGAAAUUAAAUUAAAUUACAUGAAGUACUAAAACUAUAAUACACACAGCUGCCAGAAUAAUGCAGUUCAAUAUGUGAAUAAAUCAAAACAUUUCUUGAAAAAGAUAAGAUGUUUGGAUUCAGUAUUCAAAGCAGUGUCUCAAUUGCUCCAACAGGCUUUCUCCUGCACUCUGCUGGGGGCUACUGCAUCCACUGUCCAGGCUCCAGUUUCACCACUUCCUGUCUCAGUUUCAAGCACUACAGUCUAUGUCUUUACAUUAACUCAGUGUGUGUUUGCUAUUAGACAAUAUUUAUCUUCUGGCUGAUUGUUGCGAAGCUGUGUCACAUUUCUGCAGCAUUUCCUUAUUUGCCUGUUAUAUUGGUCUCUUUUGUCUUUUCAACAGAGGGGCUGCUCCUUCUUGGAUCUGCCAGAGUGUGAGAUAGGAGAAGAAGAAUGGAGAACAAUAAGCCAGUGAAGGAGGUUCUCCCCCUGCCUCGCCACCCCACCCCACUUCCUGUGACCUCCACCUCUCCGACCCCUGCUGCCUCCUCGAAAAAACACACUACAGGGUCCAUCCAGCAGGUUCAACUGGCCUCCUCAGUGGUGACAUCCUUCAAUCACCUGAGGCCUCCAGAGAGAGACCUCACGCCGAUGUCUCGGAUGAAGCCUAUUAAAUCGCUGAAGCAUGCCGGCUUAACUGCAGUCUUCACCGGGCAAACUUGGCUUGACAGUGAGGAGGUAAAGGAGGAGGUGCAGGAGGAGGUACCAAGUGUCAACAUGAUCUUGGCUGACAUUGACUCCCUGGUGCCAACCCACGAUGAAACUGGACGCCCCAUAGCAGAAUGGAAACGGCAGGUGAUGGUUCGGCAGCUCCAGGUCAGGAUGCAAGAUGAAGAGGUAGAGGAGGCACAGAAUAUGUUGAAUGGCUACAUGCCACUGGAUUCCUGGAAAUACUCCCAGACUCACAACGCCAUCUUAGGGCCCUUUGGUGAACUCCUAAAAGAGGAAGAUCUGGUUUACUUGCAGCAGCAAAUUGAGUCUGUUUCUCUGCAGAAACGUUGCCAGGCUUAUGAAUUAGAGUUGACCAGGCUAACCGAGGAGUUAAAGGCAAUCUUACCUGAUCCUAUUGUCAAUAUUUCCCUCAACAAGGACAUUCUACAAAGAAUGGACUCUGGGGGAAAAAUCCCCUUGACUCUACCCAUCUGGUGUGAUCGUGUCUCAGAGAUUGUCAAGAAUAUGUCUCUGCUGGUGGCCAAUCUGACUAAAACUCAGAGAAAAGAAACUGAGUGGGGGUUGGUGGGAGGAAUGGUUGAAGGGAUGAAGAGUUUGCAGGAAAAUAUAAUUGCCUCUGAAAUUGAUUUGGACUCAAGAUUGAUGCAAAAUAGCCAAGAAAAGGAGUCUGCACCUGUGGGGACAUCCAGUGGAUGUAGGAUACCCCAUAUUGGGAUGACAUCUGCUUUCAGCCAUUGCUUGGAGAGCAGCAGCUGCAAUAGAGAAAAGAGAGAGAAGGUGGAGAGGGAGAUCCAGCAGUCUGGUGUGUCAGUAAAAAACCUUAGGUCCAACUUUGAGGGUCAGAUUGGAAGCAUUUACCCCUUUGCUGGGGUUGUACAUGGAGCACAGCGGCUGAAGGGGAAGAAUUGGAUUGGACCAUCAGCAGGAAGCAGUGAUGAUGUGAACACACACCUUAGUCAUGGCGCCAUUAAAACUUGUGGAGCUGUGAUGGAGACCACCAGCUUAAGGAAAGAGCGGAUAGUUGUGUUAUUCCUGAGUCACUGGAAAAAGUCUGCAUAUGCCAUUUCAAUGAGAGCAGCAAGACAGAGACAAGAAAAACUUGCAGCAUCAGGGAAAGUGGCUACAGCUCAGCUGAAACAGAACCCCCACUCUCUGUUCCGGUUCUGCCAACAACGAGGUGCCGUGGACAAAAUCAUAAACUCCUGGAGGAAUAAGCUGGAGUACACUCCAAAAUCUCAUUUGGUUUCACAAAAUCCAUGUAACUCCCAUGUUACCUACUCCCCAGAGCAGUUCCUGCCAGAUAUGGAUGGAGUCGCAAUGAGUCACGACAGCUUGACCCUCGACCUCUUCAUGCUGGGUUAUUUCCACAUCUUAGAACAAGACCUGCCUGCUGAGGAGAGGAAGAUGAGACAUCUCCUCUGCUUUGAGGUUUUUGACCAUGUCAGCGUCUUCCCCUGGGAGAAGGUGCGGGAUUUCCACAAGGCUGUUCUCCAAGAAAUUCAGUCUAGGAGGCGGCAGUGGAGCGACGGCUUUGAAGACCUCAAAACUCAAUUCUUUGGUGAAUCGACAACGUGUCGCUGCCCAUCGUCAUUGGUGCCAGACUUUAAACCUGUACCCAAGGUUAUAGUCCAAAAUGCAACUCCAGAUGAGAGUGGCAGUGACACAGAAUUUUCCUGUUUCAAUAAUGAAGAUAUAUGUAAAUAUAUCGAUCGCAGUUUUGCUUUCUGGAAAGAGAAAGAGGCAGAACUGUUUGACUUUGAACACUGAGUUAAAAUUUGAUGGGGUUUUUUGGGGACAAAAUGAUAUUGAAGAGCUUGUUUUAAAAAAGAGAUGGAUCCUAAAUAAAACACUGAGAAAGCUUUGUUGAUGAACAGUUAUUGCAAACAAAAGUUACUGUCAAAAAACUUCAGUAUUUUGAAGAACCUUCACCAAUUCUGCAAAUAGAGAAAAUGCAUUUGAAUUUUAGAUUUUUAUACACCCAAUGUCUACAGAUGUCCAAGGUUUCCAACUGCAGUUUUGCUGAACACAAUUACCCCUUUCAUGCAUAUAGCGGCCACUACAGUGGACAGUUGUCUUAAAGCCAUUUUCUUGUGUUUCAUGUCAAUUUUUAUGCACACAGACCACAAAAGCGGACACCAGUGAAUCAUACAAUGCAGUAUCAACUACUGGCCAUCCACUGUAAGUGCAAAAAAUAUUUGUUAAUAUAUAUUUAUUAAUAAAUAUUUCUUAAAUCCAAAUCCAACAAAAAAGCUACUCAGGAAUAUCCACUUCCUACUUUUACUUUAGAGGACUCUUGCAGGUAAAGGAAAUAUUGUGACAUUAUGUAACCCCUAAAUAUUAAUACUAGUGAUGUAUUUUCCAAAUAACAACUUUGUAUUUGGAGAAAAAUACAACUGAUCACCUA